UAAUUGCAGGGGGUUUAUUGACCAACUAGGAGAGGUUCUUCCUGUCUUUGAAGAAACGCUGAAUGCAAACAGACGAGAGCUUGGCGGGCUUCCAGCGGAGGUGGAGGGUGUAAAGCAGUGAGCAGUAAGGUUUUUACGAUGGCCAUCACCUCAGCUUGGCAAAUAGUGAUUCUGAUGAGCACGGGGCUAUAAAGGGCAGCUCCUCUCUUGUCCCGGAGACUCACGAGAGGCCGUUAUUCCUUCUGAUCUCCGUUUGGCAGCUCUUUCAGGGGACACUUCCCAGAAGCGAGGAGGAUGGUGGCAGCGGCCAGGUGUGCCCUCCUGCUGCUGGGCUGCACGGCGAUCCUGCAGGUCACCGCAGGCACCAGGUUCCUGCUCAACUGCCCCGAGGGCUGGUCCUACUACAAGUCCAGCUGCUUCAGGUAUUUCCGCCAGCUCCGCACAUGGGACGAGGCAGAGGCACAGUGCCAGAGCAGCCACUCUGAAGCCCACCUGGUGUGGGUGGAGGAGCCCAAGGAGGCGGCCACCCUGCGCAGGGUCAUCUCCUACUACCAGCGCUCGCAGCCCGUCUGGUUGGGCCUCUACCACCAGCAGCAGAGCAAAAGCUGGCGGUGGACCAACGGGGACGAGUAUGAUGACUCCAGCAAGCUUCCAGGGAACGGUGCCCAAGGCGGGGACUGCGCCCUGCUGACCCAAACCAGCGGCUUUUCCGUGUGGUCCAGCGCUGACUGCAAGCGGCGGCACCACUUCAUCUGCAAGUUCACUCCCUCGCAGUGAGCGCCGACCCCGCGCUGGCUGCACUCCUCCCAUCCUACCUCUGUUCUUAUCUCCCCAUCUCUUAAAAAUAAACCUAU